CGGUAGGAGAACAAGAAGAGAGAAUCGUCUGUCGGUUCUAAAAAAGAAGGUUCGUGAUCUCCCACCCUUGUUGACCCCACUCCUGGCAUGAUUGACUAGCGAAAUUCACCAUUGGAGAUGUUCAGACACUUCACCUGUUAUGAGCUCUGUUUUAGUAAGCACGCAUCUAUUCCAACCACUACCACAUCCUUCUGUUGCUCUCGUCUUGUUGAUCCAUACGAUAACGAUCUGUCUUCUUCUUCAGUGAUGUCUUCUAUUUCCUUGAUCUCAUCUUCUCUUUCUUCGACCGACCUCGCUUGUUUCUUCGACCUCAUUUCUUUCUGCACAUUCUUCGUGGUUCUGACUACAGGGCACAGCUAGGUUGUUGUAUUUUAGAAAAUAGAAGAGAAGAUUGAUUCACGCCAAACACAAAGUUUCACGGAGUUGUCACCCACGACGCACCAGUACCGAGAGGAACCAUUUCGAUGGUGGAUACCGUAAAACCAAGCAAUGCUGAGGAGGCCACAGCGCUGCUGCACUCUUUGGAAGAAGAGGUCGCUUUAUGAGAAAAGGUCAUAAAAAUGGUUCAAGAACUACAGUUAACUACAGAUGAAAAGGACACACAAUUGGCAUGACAUGCAGUAGUGCUACUAUCUACUAGUACUACGGCGACAAGAACUUGUUCAAAUGAAGAUACCGUUUGUGCUUACAACCACUACUAGAGCUUCAACUUACUUAGUAUUAUACUACUACCUGCUGGAAGAUGAAGUGAUACAACAUAGUAUGACCACGACAAGAGCUUCAAAAUGACACCGCUACUUCUCAUCAAAUAGAAACUAAACUGUCGAGGCACCUGAUCGUAUUAGGAGAGAUAUCCUGUCCUAUCCUAGCAAACUCUUCAAGCUAGUAUCCUAUCCUAUCCUACUAGCAAACUCUUCAAGCUAGGAACCUCGUCAUUUGUCUCUUCUAACGAAAGCAGGCACCCUAUCCUAUCCUAUCCUAUCCUAUCCUAUCCUAUCCUAGCAAGCUCUUCUAACGAAAGCAGGAAAUACAGCAAAGCUUUUACCAGCAUGGUUUGAGGAGCAAUUGACGGUAGACUUCGAAUACUCGAUAGAGCAAGACUUCGCUGAACAUGCGGAUGGAAAGGGUAUUUUUGAGUUUUUUUUGUUAGUAACUAAUUUAUUUUUUCAUACUAGAUAUAGAUUGUCUUUGUCAGGGCAGAACAAAAUAUUAGGCACUUUGCCGAAUAGAUAAUUCGCAUCGUCAGCACUGGUUCUAGUAGUUGGCUCCACGACUAUAAUUGUGCGCGCGACGAGGACAUGAUUUCUACAGGAGUCUGUUUUGAAAUGAACAAAAUAAAUGCUCUUUCACUUUCAACUCGACGAUCCAUCGGUAGACUCAUAGACACAUCCACCCUCGUUCUCCAUCAACGUACUCCAGACGCUCUGCCUACCGAGUCAGCAGUUGCCGUUGUUUCGAAGGUGAAUGCUCAUCUGACGGAAGGUGGGGAACCGAUUUGGUCGCAGAAUAAAGCUUUCUAUCGCUAUUUCCAUGGCAAAGGAUCCGUCACAGGAGAUGAAUUCCUCAGUUUUGCAAAGUAUUUGGCACUAAGGGCUCAUGUAAUCCAGCAAGGAGGCAGCAUGAGCGACAUUGACGCGAUACCUUCAUAUUCUUAAGGCAGGAAUACAUUCAGGUUUUCUGCAGUAGCACAGGAAAUGAAUGGAGGUCUUCCUCUUCGUCUUUAGCGGUAGGUGAAGCUGGAGGAGAGGGCUUUUUCACCAAAAGAUCUUGAUGUUCAACACUUCUAGAAUCAAAAUCUAAAUCAGUUCCAUUUGUAGUGCCACGUUUACAGAGUGCAGUUUUUUUUCUGAGACAAACAUCGACUUAUCUUCAGAAGAUUGUUAAACGUAAAAAUAUCACCUCAAUAUUAUCGUUAGUCAAGACGUAAAACGAGGCACGAUGACAUGACAUGACAUGAACUACAAGUUCUUCUACAGCACAACCUUCAUUACCAGAGCAGUUCCGACGUCGAGAAAAAAGACCAUGUUGCGCAGGUGGCGGUCCAGAGUGCGACAAAACUCCUGGAUGGAGCUGUUGCCGACAUCCUGAAGGGGGAACAGGACCGGAAUAAGGACCCGAACAAAUCAGCUGAUUCUUCAGCUGGGUUCGCAGCAUCAGUUGUAGCCGUUUCGUCAGCGGCAAGUGCUGCCGAUCCGGCUUCUCGUUCAGCUGAAAACUUCAAUCCUGAUCCAGCCGGUGGUGCCGGGGCUGGGCCGAAUCCAGCCGGUGGCCCACGUGCAAAAGGACCAGCAGCUUCGACAAGUGGCGCAGCUGGUGCUAGAUCAGCCAGUAGUGGACCUGCUUCAAGGAAGCCUACUACAGGAGAGGCUGGAGGUUCUUCAUCAAGUAGAGCUGGCGGUGGUGGUGGUCAUCCAACUACCACAUCAAAAGGAGGAACUCCGAAUACAACCGGAGGAAUAAGUAACUCGCCAGAGAAAAGUAAGAAAGCGAGUAGUAUUAAGGCUAGUGCUGCUGAGUGACGCAUCCUCUACAGUCAGAGGACACCAUGCAUCCUUGGCUUCUUUUUCAAGGGGAAAAGGGACCAGGGAUGGGCUCAAAGAUGCGGCGACGUGGUAGCUCUAAUAAUAUAGCCCCUCCCGCUCCUGUGCUGGUAAAAAGUGAGCAAAUAGGCGGAUCGAGUAGCAGUGCAGCAAAGAAUAACCGACCAACGCCAAAUGGGAAAAGUAUUUCUGCUACUUGUUUUCGUAAGGACGACAGUAGAACCAGAGGCAGUACUAGCAAAACAUUGAGGUUGACAAAACCUCUACAUCCGAACUAUUCGACGUAGGUAAGAGCAACACAUCGACACUCGUCAUGAGCAUUAACCCACAUUGUUCUCUUUAUGCAUUAACGUUAACCAACAUUGCUACGAACUUCAUCCUACAUUCUUUUCCGUUUUUCCCCACAUGAUCGUUGCUUCAUUCUCCUUGUCAUCCUCCAGCACAUAUGUCUCUUCCACUAGCUGCUCUCUCCAUCAGGCGUCACUCGAAACAAGUCUCCAGAGAACAAGAAGAUAGUACCAUUUCGAACGAGUAUGAUGCCACUACCCGGGAAAAAGCUGAACCCUAGCGAUAAAAUCCACUAUCCGAAGCCACGCGUGGAUCCAAAACUCCAGAUAAUCAAAGUUAAGGCUUCGUUCUGGAAGUUGUAAUUGUAUUUUAUUUUUUGAUUAUAAAGUCCAUCUUCGUGGUUCUCUGGAAGGAAGUCGUACUUUGUAUCUUCAAUCUUGAAUCACUUGAAGCUCGUUGUCGUUCUCUGGAAGUUGUAAUUGUAUCUUCAAUCUUGAAUCACUUGAAGUUCAAGCUGUCCCAUAAUUUAAGAGAAAGGGCCACCAAGAAAAUGCGUCUCAAGAUGGAAAAGGGUGCGCUCGUCUAACAAAGGCAGUCUAAAAGAAUACCCAAGUAAGAACGUCCUGGCACAGUUUCGAGUAAGUGGGGUGCUGGAAAAAAAAGAAGCGAUUGGUAUUCCUCUUGACUUAAUGGAAAGACGUCUUUGGUUGCUAGUCCUAGCAGUACUGGUACUGAUGAGUAUCACCUCGUCCUGGUUGUACCUAAAGCCUUUCCAAGAAGUAGAAGUUGGUGUAAUGUUGUUACCAAGUAGUUCUACUUCUAGCUAUUCAAUGAUAAGAACAACGUCAACCUAGUAGCUCUCCUUCUAUCACUAUCCCACUCCUUCUAUCUCUCAGCAUACACUAUUAAGACAAACACAACAAACUAACUUCUAUCUAACUUCUGUCCAAGAACACUCACAACUCAACACAUCAGAAACCUUCCAAUGGCUAGAGGAAGACGUAAAAAACGUUUACGCGCUCAGAGAAAAAAUCGGAGACGGCAUGCCAGAAUGGCUAGAACAAGCGAUAUUCGGACAGGACUUUGCCAAGAAUGUAGAAGCGGAAUUCAGACUAAUGGAUAGUGAAGGGGAUGGUACUUCUGAAAUUGAUGUUGGCUUUGAUGCGUAUCCUGUUUGUUUUUGGUGAGUAAAGUUAAAGUAGUCUGGGUCCUCUGCAAGAACUAGGUCAACGACCACUUCCUAAGGAAGGUUUAGUUACGACUACUUCCUUUUAGUUCUUGUGUAGUUCAUCUUUAUCGACCUCAAUUACAUUGAGUCAUUCAGUCUGGUAAGUACUUACUACAACUCAUCAUCAUCUACUGCAACUUCGACUCGGGUAUCACUAUCGUACAUGAACUUUCUCAACAAGAACAAAAGAUCAGGGACUUCUACUGACAUCUUCUUACACUAUAUCCAUUCCCCUUACACUAUACAAUACAUACUAUACCUAUGGGGUCGAGGUUUAGGUCCAGCGGCGCUCAAAGCACUAAAUAAAACAACCGGUUCGUUUUUACCUCUAGCGUGUAGCCCUUCCAACAAUACUAUACCUAUGCAAGUCUUUAUCAGCAUCUACUACAUCUCCAACCUCACUACAGGUAUCAUGCAAGUGUUCGUGCUGCAGGAAGUAGUCCGCAACGUCACGACCUUUUUGACGGCUGGAGUCUACCUGGAUACAAAGGGAAUAGCCCAUCACUUCAAGAAGAUAUAUCCGCCAGCAAAAAACAUGGGCAUAGAGGACUUUGUGGAGGCCUGCAAGUUUCUCAUCGCAAGAUCUUGGCUGCUGGAGCAAAUGGGAGGCAGAUCACCGAAAAAAAGUCCUGAAAAUUAUGAUGCACUUGUAUCUUGUUCUUCUUGAAUGAUUCUUCUGCUCGUUCUCUUUGUACUUGUUCGGGGGUUGGUACGUAGUUUUGAUACCAAAGUCUAGAGUGCAAGUAGGUGUAGGGCAAGACUUUGUAAAAACUAUUGGAAUUAUUACAACUCGCGUGGUCAGGAUGGGUCGGAGUAAAGAACUCCCCACCUGCUCUAAGACCCGAUAAGGCUGCCGACGAUCACUUCAGGAACAGGAUCAAUGUUUUUCGAUGGCGUCACCUUCCCAAAAUGGGAUAAUGACGAAGCUGUGCUGGUAACAGCCCUUGUUGACUUGAUGGCGUCGUCGUGCUGUUUUGGAUGUGACUAGAUACCUGUGCAACAAAUGAUCCAAGUACAACAGUGUAUGGGUCUGGUAUUUGGUAUAGCCUGAAUUGGAUCACAAGGAUUCCCUUCUUGUUUUCCUUAUGAUCCAAAUCAGGUUACCAAAUAGGAAUACCAGAGCCAUUCAGGCAAACCAUUAUAACCACACGACCAGGUAACUCAAUUAAAGAACGAGAUAUCAUGGCUACAUGCGCAAUUGUCGGAUCAAAGGAGAGCGGAUUAUCAGAGGUUCGCAACCGAGAAAAUGUCGACUGCGACAAGGAAUAUUAUGGUUGUUGAAGCAGGUUCGGUCAAACUUAAAUUUAAAUAUGUCCUCACGUAGAGGUGCGGCGGUCGCAGCUGCGGGGAGGUCGGCGCCCUGUGGAGGCAAACUGCUUGAUUGAUUGAUUGAUAUCUCCCCAUUUUUGUAUCAUUGUAUUAAGUCUUCUAGUUCUAGUUGUUCCUUGAUGUGGACAACUACAUGAACGUUUAGUACAAAAUGUCAUGACAGACGAGCGUACUUUUGAUUCGCUGAUUCAUCUUCAAGCACAGGCAAGCAAGAUUAUUUCGUACGGAUGAAUCUCUAAUCCUCCCCUGAGAGCGAACGCCUUGAAGCCUAGCGAGUUUUGGAACGUAUUGCUUCCGACAUAUACGAGAGAAGAUCUGCUGAUGGAAAUACGCCAUCUACAGCUAGACCUCGAAUUUUAUAAGGCGAAAGCAACUAACGUGGGCAAGAGAGCACUCUACGCUGAAAAUUUGGAGACGAAGAACCAAGUUAGGGACAUGGGGCACCGAAUACGCUAUCUGGAGAAUCAAUUGAUGCAUAAGGAGGUAUUUAUAUUCUUGUGGAAUGGACUACUUGAUUUUCCUCUUAUACUUUAAGUGUUUUAAUAUUACUUAUAGGCUGAUGGAAAGUGAAUUUUUUCCCCCUUUAUAUAAAUGCGAGGUUGUGCUGCAAAUCUUGAUUGGCUUCUUCCCUUCUUAUAGGGUCGAGGUUUAGGUCCAGCGGCGCUCAAAGCACUAAAAAAACAACCGGUUAGUUUUACCUCUAAACCCUAGGUUUAUCCCACGAAGCAAUACUUAUAGGCUUUCAGUGUUUAUGAUCUUACUUUAUUUGCUUUCAGGUCGAAAUCGAACAUGGAGCAUCUAGUAUGUUUUCCGUGAAUGGUGGCGCGUCAACUUUUUCUGUAGGUGGCGGAGCAUCUACGUUCUCCUCUACAGUGUUACCCUCUGCGCAGACCAGCACAACACUGAGUGUUAUGAGAGUGCUAGUCGUGCUAUUGCUAAGUACUCGAUGUUGUUUUUGAACAAAUCAAACCAAAAUUUCGUAAAGAAUCGGUUGACACAGUAAUUUAUCACUACUUCUACUUGUUGUGCUCAAUGAUUUUUUUAGCAGACGACGCAGCCGCGGACGACUGGCUUACUCGUCUCUUCUCUCUCGUCAUCUUAUUUGCCACGUGCGGCUUGGGGUAACAGGUCAUUCUGCAUGUAGCCGCACGUCAACUUCAUUCAAAGUGCGGCUUUUCCAUUCUCUCUCUGUUGCAAUAAAAAUCUUGCUUCUACUCCCGAGACUGCUUCCUCUAAUCUCACCACGAACAACAUUGGUGGAGGGCCUUCUAUAAUGGGCAAUUCCACGAUGAACAUAGAACAAGCGGCCAGGAUGGCGUCGAAGAGAGCCUCUAGUGAAGCAGUCCUGAAAUUAGCGCAGGAGGCUCUUCGAAGAGAAAGAUCGAAGAGGAAAUACGCAGAGAGACGACGUACAACGAACUAUGUUUUUUACUUGUUUUUCUGACCUCACAGCAUGAAGCAAGAGCAGGAGUCUGUUUUCGCCGGCGUAAGUAGCUUUAUUAUUCAGUACUAACAAGAAGUCGUUCAUUCUCCUUUGCUCGGCGUUCACCAAUCACACUCACCCUCAACCCUGAAAACCACCUUAACCUCAACCCUCAAAAGUGGCCGAAGAAAAGGAUUCCGUUUGCCGUUUGAAUCAUCAAGCGAAAUUGCACGACAUGGAAAUCCGUAAGUUAGCUGGCGCAAUGGCGAAGACACUGGGGUACUAAAGGAAGUCUUGAGCAGUAGCAGAGGAUGGUUCGUUGCUAUAUUGAUGAAGAGAGACCUUGAUGUUGGCAUGCCAAUCCUACAGUAAUAUCUUCACUUAUUUAGAACAGUGCUCUGUCUUUGACCACAUGUUAUGAAAAUGAACCACCUCACCAGUUGUGUGACAGAUGACUGAUCACGACAAGUGUAGCUUUCUUAAAUGAACCACAAUCAGCAACAUGUUCACUACAUUAUUUGACAUCUUCAGCGAACAUUACGGGGAAGUUCUCCUUGUAUUUGACAAGAUUUCAGACAAGCGAUUAAAUGUUGUAGAACUAGUUCUUCCACGUCGACCACGUAUGUAUGUAGUAUGAGAAAAAUUUAGCACGUACCCGUCGGGGCGGAGGUUUACUAGAGAAAUUGACGACGCGCGCAAAUGAAUGCAUUGACGACAUGCGCAAAUGAAUGCAUUGUAUAGUAUGAGUAGUAGAGAAAAAAUGAACGGGCAUACUUGCAAAUAGAAAACCCAGCAAUAGAAUAGUACAUUUAAACAAGCUAAAUAUGAAGCAAAUGUUCUCCAACAUACCAAUAACCAGUCUGGUGUUGGUGAUGAGCAAGACCUGUCUUCUUUCCUUACAAUGAACAACCGUUUCUGCAAUCUGAUAUCUAGACACAUGAGGUCCAAUUGACCAAGAGGACCAAUUGAUUAGGUAAGACCAAUGUAGCUUUGUCAAUUCAUUUCACAUCACUAACUGCAUAGAUGACUCCGAUCGUUGAGUUUGACUGAUAUCGAUGCGCCGCUCCUUAUAGAAAAGUAAUCUAAGGAUGUAGCAAGGUCAAUUCUGAUCUACGCAUGAUCAUGAAGUGAAUCAAAUUGCUCUGAAUUAUAGACACAACAGAAGGCAGAUUCAUGCGCGACAUCAAGACGGUUGCAAG